CUCUAACUUAAUAUCCUCAACACUAAUGUUAAAUAAACAUUAUAAAUUGCUGCUAAAAUGCUCACUGGCCGUUCCCAUCAUAUUCCUAAUCGACUUCUGCGGGCUGCUGACGCAUCUGCAUGAGCUGGACUUUGAGCAACACUUCUACUAUCCCCUGCACGAUGAGGGCCUGGCCUCCUCCGGAAUUUCCAGCUACGAAUUUCUGCAAAUGCCCGCAUUCACGGGCGUGGAUCCGCCCCGGUUGACUAUACUGGUCAAAAGCGCAAUUGGAAAUGUGCGGCGACGCCAGGCUAUACGCAAGACAUGGGGCUAUGAGUUCCGCUUCUCCGACGUUCACAUCCGUCGCGCCUUCCUCCUGGGCACCUCCCCGGACAGCAUGGACGAUGUGGGCCGGGAGGCCAAGCAGCAUGGGGACAUUGUACACGCAGAUUUUGUGGAUGUCUACUUCAACAACACCAUCAAGACAAUGAUGGGCAUGCGCUGGGCCAGCGAGCACUUCAACCAGAGCGACUUCUAUAUGUUCGUCGACGACGACUACUAUGUGUCUAUUAAGAAUGUUCUGCGGUUCCUCGGCCGUGGACGGAAUACCCACCAUCCGGAUCUGCUAUUUGCCGGCUACGUGUUUCAGACGUCGCCACUACGUCACAAGUUUAGCAAGUGGUAUGUCUCGCUGGAGGAGUACCCGUUCGACAAGUGGCCGCCGUAUGUGACGGCCGGUGCCUUUAUCCUCUCCCGCAGCGCCCUGCUCGAGAUGUACGAGACUAGCAUGCGAGUUCCCAUGUUCCGCUUCGAUGACAUCUAUCUGGGCAUUGUGGCGCUCAAAGCACGUAUUCCCGUCCACCACUGCGACGGCUUUCUUUUCCACAGACCCCACUAUUCCGGGCCCGAUAGCUACAGCAACGUGAUAGCAUCGCACGGUUUCAGCGAUCCUGAAGAAAUGGUUCAGGUGUGGAACGAAUGCCGGUCGGCGAACUACGCGUAGCACACGCCCCUGACUGCUACGGACAAUAACCCGAGCCACUCGACUGUAUAUACAGAUGUAUUUUGACGUAGAUCAAAACCAAGCCUUUUUAAAGUACAUAUAUGUAUAAGCCAAAACGUGUAAAUAUAUUAAUCGAUGAUCAUACUCUUCCUUUUAAGCAGUAACCAUCAAAUAAUAAC